GGCGGAAGAGACUCCGCGCGACAGUGGACAUGGCGGACCCGGAUGUGGAGAGCGGAGUGGGCUAAGGCCGGAUUGAUCAGCGGUGAUCAGAGGUGAUCAGAGAGUAUCGAUUCGAUCAGCGGCCUCAUUACCGAUCAGGAGGAUCGAUCCGCUGAGCGCUGCGGGGCGCGCGUGCUGCAGCAGAGAGCGAGAGGGGGGCUGAACGCCGCGCGCGCCGGGGGGAGGUGUAGGAGAUGGCGGGCCGCCGGGUGGAGUGUACGUGGAAGCGUCACGUGGCGGAGCAGCUGAAGCAGCGAGACCGAGUGCAGCGUCAGGCCUUCGAGGAGAUCAUACACCAGUAUAACCGGCUGCUGGAGAAGUCCGACCUGCAGGCGGUUCUGUCCGAGAGGCUACAGACGGAGAAAUAUGAAUUGCAGGACCGGCACGACGUCAGCCCAGGUGCAGAGUCUCUACAGCAGGAAAUGGCUCAGAUACGAAUCCGACACCAAGAGGAGCUCACAGAGCUGCACAAGAAACGUGGAGAGUUGGCCCAGAGUGUGAUAGAACUGAAUAACCAGAUUCAACAGAAAGACAAAGAAAUACAGAGCAACGAGGCCAAGAUGUUGGAGUAUCAGCAGCAGAUCGCCCAGCUGGAGGGCGAAUGCCGGGAUUUGCGGAGCUCUCUGGCGGAUUUGGAGCGAGCCAAUCAGACGCUGCGGGACGAGUAUGAUGCGCUACAAAUCACGUUCAGUGCUCUGGAGGAAAAACUGCGCAAAACGACAGAGGAUAAUCAGGAGCUGGUGACGCGCUGGAUGGCAGAGAAAGCUCAGGAGGCCAACAGACUUAACGCCGAGAACGAGAAGGACUGCAGGCGCAGACAGGCUAAACUGCAGAAGGAGCUGGCCGACGCUGCCAAAGAGCCGCUGCCCAUCGAGCCGGAUGAUGACAUCGAGGUUCUUUCCGAGGAUUCUGGUAAAGGACCCGGAGAGACGUCCCCAAGCCGAAUGCCCAGCAGAACACCGAGUAAGCGUGUAUCCCAGACUCCCCCUGCUGGACUGCUGGACUCCAUUUCCAAUAUCUUCGGAAGGCGUCGCUCGCUGAACUCACAUGGCACGUCUCCGGAGAGCGCGGAUGCUCCGACUGGAGUGUGUGCAGAGGUCCGAGUGCCGUCCACCGCGCUGCACGUCUUCGACGCCCACGACGGUGAGGUGAACGCGGUACGGUUCAGUCCUGGAUCCCGUCUCCUAGCGACAGGAGGGAUGGACCGCAGGGUGAAGCUGUGGGAGGUGGUAGCAGGUCACUGUGAACCCAAGGGGGCGCUAACGGGCAGCAAUGCUGGAAUCACCAGCAUUGAGUUUGACAGCGCAGGUUCUUACCUGCUGGCAGCAUCCAACGACUUUGCGAGUAGAAUCUGGACCAUGGACGACUACAGACUGAGGCACACCCUGACUGGCCACAGUGGGAAAGUUCUGUCCGCUCGGUUCCUGCUCGAUAACGCCCGCAUCGUCUCUGGCAGCUACGACCGGACACUUAAACUGUGGGACCUGCGCAGCAAAGUCUGUAUGAAGACGGUGUUUGCGGGUUCUAGCUGUAAUGACAUUGUCUGCACUGAGCAGUGUGUGAUGAGCGGUCACUUUGAUAAGAAGGUUCGCUUCUGGGAUAUCAGGUCUGAGAGUAUAGUGUGUGAGCUGGAGCUAUUGGGCCGUGUUACGUCUUUAGACCUGAAUCAUGAUCGAACAGAGCUGCUCACCUGUUCCCGUGACGACCUGGUGAAGAUUAUUGAUCUUCGCAACAACGCUGUACGACAGACCUUCAGCGCCCAGGGCUUCAAGUGUGGCUCUGACUUCACCAGAGUUACCUUCAGUCCUGAUGGGAGUUACGUAGCUGCGGGUUCAGCAGAUGGCGUCCUGUACGUGUGGAACGUUCUGACUGGGAAACUAGACAAGACCCUGGACAAAGGCCACAGCUCUGCUAUCAACUCUGUGUCGUGGUCUCCGUCGGGCACCUAUGUGGUCAGCGUGGAGAAGGGCAGCAGGGCGGUGCUCUGGUCCGACAUGUGAUCGGUCUGUCUACCCUGGCUCAAUCUGAUUGGAUGAAGCGGUCUAUUAAAAGACAAAGCGCAGCGAGAGUGGUCACACUUUCUUUUCUGGCACUUGGACUGCGUUUCCCAGGAUGCAGCACGGGGGGCUGGGGGGAGGGGGAGGGGCGGGGUUUACGGCCUUAUUCACCCGACCUAUAACCACAAUCAUAUCAGCACUCCUGUUAUCUCUUCUUCUCUCUUUUACACACAAGCAUUUAUCAGGAGAUGGACGCGCGGGCGGUCUGAGGCGUCGGUUUCCGAGACGUUAUUUAAUGAAGUCGUUAGUUUGCUUUUCGUUCUCCUUGCCUUACGUAUUAAAGUGAGGGACUCGGCCGCAGUGCCAGGUUUUGCCGCUAGAGAGCAUCGUUCGUUCAUGGGCUCAUCUGCUCUGCAGCUGACUCGCUCGCUGCCGAUAGGCUGAGUGAGUAGGUAAAGCCCCGCCUCCUCUUUUGCGUCUGUGGAAAAUGAAAAGAUAAAUGAAAAAAAUGUGGUGUUUAAAAAAAAAAAAAAAAAAUCCCAAAUAUUUUAAACAGAGCAAUCUCAUUUACACAAAGUAUAUCUUCUUCAAACUGUACCUGAUC